AUGAGUAUUGAGAAGUUUGAGCAUCACAUUAUAUUAGUAAAAACUGAGCCCAAUUUGAUUGUCAUGUCGCUUUUGAGCCGUUUGCUGCGGUCACCGGCCACCGUGACACGACAGUGUCGUUUACUGCCUGUCGACAACAGCCGCAACAGCAGCCUCAACUCAGAUCAAACUCAAAGUUUUGCUUCACUUUGUUCCGUUUACAUGUUAGCCUUCAGCAACUGUGAUCACCUAACUCAACAUCAUCAUCCUCAUCACUAUCAUCUCUGCCACAAUCAUCACCUGUUCAGUACUUUUGCUUUACCAAAUCAUCGCAAUCAAUCAGUUCUUCAAGUACCGCCACCGCUGUUGCCGCCAAAUGCCUUUCAUCGCCGCCAAAACCUUUUCACCAGUUCAAACUGCGCCUCAAAGCCAAAACUGCCACCCAGUACGACGGCAGUGGUUAAAACAGGUGAUAAUACUACCAAGUCUAGCAAGAAAGCAAAACCGCUGCCUGAUGACAUUCACGUCAUACCAAAGCUUGGCAAAAAAGAUGGCCCACUGCAGCAGCAUUCCCCGCAACAACAGCUGUCCACUGAAACGAUGCUUUUCAUGAACCGCAACUUCAUCACCACGACACGGGCAAUGCGCGAGUACGCACUGGACAUCUCUGAUCUGGGUGAUCUGCGAAAGUUCCAGCGACGAUCCCCGUACAACAAUGAACUGCCGCUGACGGUGUACCUGCGCAAGGACGUUGAGUUGAGAGCUCUUUCCAUUUGGAAGAGCUGGGACCGCCUGAACGCCGAACUGGCGCGUCGAAAGGAGAAAGAGGACAAUUACAGUGGAAGCCUAAUGAUCGUCAAAAAGUACAACAAGGACUACCGCCGGCUGAACACACCGCAGGCAAAAACACGCGAAGAAGCACUGCGACAGUCGGCUCGCGUGGUGAUGGCCGCAGUGACAAUAAACGCCGCCAACUGCGUGCUGAAGUUUUUCGCCUGGAUGUACACCGGUUCGCAUUCGCUCUUCGCCGAGACGGUGCACUCCUUCGCCGACACCUGCAAUCAGCUGAUUCUGGCAUAUGGCAUUCGCAAGUCGCUGCAGGUGCCCAACAAGGAGCACCCCUACGGGUACCAUCCAAUGCGGUACAUCGCCUCGCUGAUCAGCGGCGUGGCCAUCUUCUGCACGGGCACCAGUCUCAGCGUCUACCAUGGCGUUAAUGGGCUGAUGAGCGCCGGGGCGGAAGGUACGGCUGCGGCGGCGGUAGAGCCGUACACCUGGGCCUUCCUCAUUCUCCUGGGGUCGCUUAUCAGCGAGGGUGGCACGCUAGUGAUUGCGCUCACCGCCGCGAGGAAGGCGGCCCUCGAGAAGGGCGUCUCUCUGCGAAAGUACAUCCUGCGCGGCCACGACCCCACCCUCAAUGUGGUCAUCCUCGAGGACACGGCGGCGGUGAGCGGCGUGCUGAUCGCGGCCGCCUGCAUGGGCGCCACCAGUCUGCUGGGCACACCGGUGCCGGACGCCAUCGGCUCGCUGCUCAUCGGCGGCCUCCUCGGCCUGGUCGCCUCCUUCGUCAUCAUCACCAACUCUAACGCCCUCCUCGGCCGGUCCAUUCCCCCCGACCGGAUGGCGGUCAUCAAUCGCAUGCUCGAGUCGGACGGCAUGGUUCGGGCAAUUCACGACGUGAAGGCCACUGACAUGGGCAAUGAUGUCAUUCGCUACAAGGCUGAAGUUGACUUUGACGGUCGCAAACUGGCCAACAAUUACCUGAACUCCAUUGACCUGGAGGCGCUUUUUGCCGAGUUCAAGGACGUGAAGACGAUUGAGGAAUGUGAGGAGUUUAUGCUGAAGCACGGCGAGAAUAUUGUUGACCUGCUCGGCGCUGAGGUGGAUCGCAUUGAAACGGAGUUGAAGCAAAAACAUCCUCAAGUACGUCAUGUUGAUUUGGAGGUGCUUUAA